AUGGUGGAAAACACUCCUUCUCCUCUGCCUGAGAGGGCAAUCUAUGGCUUUGUUCUCUACCUCGGCUCACAAUUUGGCUUCAUUUUAUAUUGUGUGUGGGCAUACAUACCAGAGGAGUGGCUUCAUUCAGUUGGAUUCACUUACUGGCCUCAAAAGUAUUGGGCUUUGGCUGUGCCAAUCUAUCUGCUGGUCGCAUUAACCAUCUCUGUGCUGAUGCUAUUUGGAAUCAACAUGUACAAUACAGCACCACUUGAUUCUCUGGACAACGUUACAGAUGGGUUUGCAAAAAGCCAGCUGAGCGAAGUCACACAAAAGGGUCAAAUACAAAGACUGAAGGAUGUUCCCAUCAGUGAUGUCAAUAAAAUGUUCUACUUGUCACCAUCGACUAUGAAAAAGCUAUAA